GUUACAAUAAAAGUGACUCCAAAAUGUAACAAUACAUUAUUUACCAAUCAUUUGAAUUUUUGUUAGAUUGUGUGUGUUAUCCUUACCUCCCGUAGGCAUCUCUGAAUCUCUGCCCUCAAAUGAGAGAGGGAAGCACCAGGAGUUGAAAGUAGAGGGGGCCAUCAAGCUCUACAUCCCCUACGAGUCAGCUGAACUCUACAUUACGCAGAUAGCUGAGGACAUGCAGACUAUGAAAAGUAGACAUCUGGAGAUGGUGCAAGAGCUAGAGGAAAACUUUCAGAUCGCAUCACGAGAGAACCAGGAGAGGACAAUACAGAAGAUCCGAUCUCACUACCAGAACAAGCUGAAUGCACUGAAGAGAAUCUUAGACCUUUACCAAGAGAAGGUAGAAAAGAAGAACACACACUGGGAGGAGAGAAUCACAAGUGUGAGCCGGCAGAAUGAGAGGCUGCAGGGAGAGCAGAUCGCGGAGAGGAGGAGGAGUAGAGAGGAGGCCCUGCACUGGCAGAGAGAGAAGAAUAAAAUGAUGGAGCUUUUCUCCACCAGACUAGACCUCCUCCACAGCCACCAGGCAUCCACACUACAGGAGCUGCAGAUGGCCAGGCAGGAGGUGGGGAAAGUCCAGGAGAUUCUCAGGACAUCCCCACAGGAGAAGGGGCAUCAGGACGCCCCUCCUACUGAUGCUGGUGACAUAUUAGAGAAUGACAACGGUCCCGUCCAGCAAACUGAGGGGUGCAGUGGCACAGAGCUGCCACUGGAGGGGGCCCAAGCUCGCCUGGAGGAGUUGAAGGAGAGUCUGUAUAAAAGGGAGAGAGAGAUUACUGAGCUCCUGGAGGCAGAGCAGACACCCAUCCCACCUAUCCCGGUGGCACAGCCCCCCUGUGCUGUCCUGCUCCGCAUUGUCGUUGAGAAGGCCCAUGAUAUCUGUAGCGAAGUGAUUGAGGCGAGGCUCCUUGUUGACCACAUGUUCGAGGAGAACCAUGUGGCCUUGGCCCAAGCAAGAGAAAAACUUGAACAUAUGUCACAGAUGACCGCAGAUGAUAACAACAGCAAAGACGAGGUCAACUCUGCCCCAGAAUGGUUGGACUCUUCCGAUGAGUAUGCUUCUAAUGUGCUGUUGCUACAAGAGACACUGAGGGAAUGUGAGAUUACCCAGAUGGCUCUGGACUGUAUCAGAGUCGGGGCCAGGCCUUCUCUCUCUGACUGUGACACAACUCCAGAGCUGGAUGAGAUUUUGAGGAAAGGUGAGGGAGGGAAAAGUGUUGGCCAGCAACUUUUAUUGCUGCAAGACCAGCUGAAACAAGUGAGAGAGGAGAAUAGGAAGGUCGUAGAGAACUACACUUCAGAGAGGACCAUGAGAAAGAAGUACUACAACAUGGUCGAGGACAUGAAAGGUAAAAUUCGGGUGUUCUGCCGGAUACGGCCCAUGAGCCGCACCGAGGCAGCUCAGGGAGGGGCCAUCGCCGUGGGGCGUCUGGACGAUUACUCUGUUACCGUGGAAACCUCAAGGGGGCCGAGAGAGUUCCAGUUCGACCGGGUAUUCAGUGGCGAGAGCUCCCAGGAAGAUGUGUUCCAAGACACCAACAGGCUGAUCCAGUCAGCCAUCGACGGCUUCAACGUGUGUAUCUUCGCGUACGGUCAGACAGGCUCCGGAAAGACCUUCACCAUGGUGGGUGACAGAGACCAGAGAAGCCCAGGCAUCAUGCCUAGAGCGUUCAAUGCCGUAUUUGACAUCCUCCAGGAGAAUGCCACCAAGUUUGACUUCAAGGUCUCGGUCUAUAUGUUGGAACUGUAUAAUGACCGGCUCCAGGACCUCUUUGUGAGCGGGGCCGAGGCCCAGAGCAGGCGGGUGGAGAUUAAAAGGAACAGAAAGGGGCUUGUGUUUGCCCAGGGAGCAGAGACAAAGGAGGCCUCCAGCGCCGGGGAGCUCUUCGCCAUGUUUCAGCAGGCUUGCGCCAACCGCCAUAACGCAGCCACCAAGAUGAACUUGGAGAGCUCUCGUUCCCACCUGAUCAUUGGGAUCAUGGUGGAGAGCAGGAAUCUGACCAAUGGGAGUGUGAGCUUUGGGAAGUUGAGUCUGGUGGAUCUGGCAGGGAGCGAGAGAGCAGCCAAGACUGGGGCAAAAGACGACCAGCUCAAGGAGGCUAACUCCAUUAACAAGUCUCUGAGUGCUCUGGGAGAUGUGAUCUCUGCCCUGUCCUCGGACUUGCCACAUAUCCCCUACAGGAACAGCAAGCUCACCCAGAUCAUGCAGGACUCGCUGGGCGGCAAUGCCAAGACGCUCAUGGUCGUUAACGUCUCGCCUUCUGACUGCAACCUGGAUGAGACGCUCACCUCUCUUAUUUAUGCCACUCGAGUGAAGACCAUAACCAACAUUGCACAAAGAAACCUGGAGAGUAAAGAGAUAGCCCAGCUCAAAGAGGUGAUCAUGAAGUUGAGGUCAGGACAGUCAGUGGAGGAUGAGGAGGUCUAAUUCCAGGCUGUGGGAAUUGGAUCUACAGUGCUUUCAGAAAAGACUUCUUUCUCCCUGUCUGCUUGAAAGACGGGGAACCCCGCUGGCUGAAUGGAUGAAGACAAUAUAUCCGGAGAGGGCCAUGAUUCCGUAAAAUAGAGUAUGUUACAUGGUAUGCACGCCACCUGAGUCUGACUUGGACCCAAUUUCUUCUUCCUCUUCUCCGGCGUCGGUGUUUUGGUGGAACACCCGGGAUGAAUAAAGCUGCCUCGGGAAGUUCAAAACAAAGUUUCUGUUCUUAUUUCUGGUGAGUGAGCGCCGAUCUAAUGUCCAAAAGGUAUUUUCGGCUAUAUGGCUCUAGUUUAGCACAGGGUUAUCUUUAACAUAACUGAAUCUCACAGAUACCUUUAUAGCUAUGGCUCCUCCCUAUUAUGUAUUAGGGCUGGGCAGUAUACUGUAUUUGAUGAUAUACCGGUAUUGAGACACAGACUGGUUUGGGUUUUUACUUUACCUUCUAUAACUGUAUUUGAAUGUUUGGUUUGUUAAAUGUGAUAUGCCGUGUGUACCGUCCAUUUUUAUUGUUUACUCUGCUACUUGAGUCAUCUCUCUCUCUCUCCAUAACGCUUUCCACACAGACAUAGCCCAGCCCCCUGUCACUCAAGGAGUGCAUUUGUUAUUGCUUGACCACUUUCAGCAUUCAGUCCUCAAGGUCAAUGCAACACAAGCAACAAUCUUGAUGACAACGAUGCUGUUUUCACUGCUUCUUAAUAUAAAUCAACUAGCGUUCUUUAA